AUGGUGGCUCAGAAACCUUCAUCCCGGAUCCGCGACUGGGGUUAUAGUCCUGGGCGCUUCCCCACAGGUCCUCGCAAUUCUGUUCUCGAUGUCCCCGGCGUUCGUGUCGGCCAAGUAGACAUCAACAAGGGCGAGGACGUGCACACCGGUGUGACGGUCAUCUUCCCCCGAGGCAUCGACAAGACGACUUACAUUCCAUGCUACGGGGCGGUGCACGACAUGAAUGGCAUUGGUGAAUGGACGGGGGUGCACCAACUCCGCGAAUGGGGGUUCUCCCGAGCGCCGAUUGCAUUCACGAAUACCGUCAGCGUGGGCAAAGUCUACGACACCCUCUGGCGGUGGACGGCCCAGCGCCUCCGACAAGACGGCAUCGCGGACCUGCUUGACCAGGUGCAGUACUAUGGAUUUCCUACCGUCGGCGAAACCUUUGACGGCCUGCUCAACAACAUAUUCAAAAGUGCCGUGGAGGAAGAGCACGUCCUGGCGGCCAUCAAGAGCGCCGAAACCCAGGAGGCUGUUCUGGAAGGGAACCACGGCGGCGGGACGGCCAUGCGGAGCCAUGGCUUCAAGGCCGGCACGGGAACCAGCUCGCGCGUCUUGAAAGGCGACGGGGACAUCGAGUACACUGUUGGCGUCAUUGUGCAGAACAACUAUGGCAGCAUGGACGACCUGCAGAUUGACGGGGUGCCCGUGGGGAGGAUGCUCAAGGCCAGAAAGAUGGCGAUGGCGGCGCCGACGGCCCCGGAGAGUGGCAAGGCCGCCGAGGGAACCCAGCGUGCUGGCAUGGGCCUCUCGCAAGUUUCCGGCCACGGGGUCGGGCGGAACUUUAGCGGCGAGUUCUUCAUGGCCCUUUCCACCGCAAAUACUCCGGAAUCGCCGUCGUCAUGGGACGGGGUGAGUAGCAGUUUGCCGCCGUUGCUGGAGACGGAUACCGUGGAGACGAUGAAAUCCAUGCUCAUUGACUCGGUGUUUGUUGCCGCCGCCGAGGCCACCGAGGAGGCGCUUCUGAAUUCCAUGACGGAGGCUGAGACGAUGAAGGGAUUCAACGGAUUCGAGGCCAAGGCACUUCCGAGGAAGGAGGUUGAGGAGCUGCUCAGGAAGCAUGGGAGAGGAUACGUGCGGGAUCUGGUACCUGAGUCAUAUACCAGCCAGAUUGGCUUGUGA